AGCCGCCGCGACCUCGCCCGCCUUUAGGGCUCCUCACUUUGUCAUCUGCACAUGGGGCGGCUCGGCCAAGAGCAGUCCAAACAGGUCCUUCCUAGGACCAAGUUAGUGUCCCGCCCGUAAACCUUUGCUUGCUGCGCCAACACAGCCAGAGAGCCUCGACGCUGAUCCGAGAGUCCCCCCGGAUUAUGUCGCAAUCCGUGCUCUGCUCAGAUCCCUGACCGCGAGAGCCUUGGGGUGCCCGCCUUUCCUUCCCAGGCAGAAGAGGAGGAUCCGUCCUUGCCGGCUGAGCUGAGAUGGCGGCUGAGUGAUAAAACCAAAAUACAUACCUGGACGCCAUGCUGCUGUGACCGGACCUGCUCUGUUUGCUCUUUUUCAUUUUUACCACCCCCCUGCCUCGCCUGUCUGUUGGGGAAGCCAAAGACAGCCGCCGUCUGUCUUGUCACUGCCGCGCCGCCGAAGCUACCACUACUCGUCCGAUCAUCCGGCCCGCCGAUUUGCCCCGUGAAAGCCGAUACCGCAUUCAACUCUCGCCAGGCCAUCGACAACCCGGCCUUGAAGUGCGUCACGAGAAGCACUAGGGCAAGCAGCAGAGACCUAGUGGGGCAACAACCUCGGCCACGGUUUGCCUCGCUGUUGGCUCGAGGCUGUUGAAGCUGUUUCGAGGAUCUCAUCGCGAUGGAGUCCAAGAGGACUCUCGCCCCCUCUGAUCGGGCCGACCCGGCCGGCCUCUCGACGGCCCGCGCCCUGUCGCCUGCCCCGAGCGGCCGCUUCAGCCUGAGGAGGGUAUCGCUGUCAUCGUCGAGGGCAUCCAUGUCCUCAGGGUCUUCAGGCUCAACAUCUACAUCUUCAUCGGCAUCUGCUGUUGUCACCGAGGACGGCUCUUGUGUUGCCCGAGAGACUGCGCUCGGGGACUCGGCGCGGUACCGCUUCAUAACGUGGGCUGCCGUCAAGCGGAAUGAGUGCGAACGCAUGACGGAUAGCGAACGCCUCGAGUGCCCGCUGCUUCGAUGCCGUCAACGCUUCGGCGACCACGAGAGGAUGCUGCGGCAUCUUGCCUCAUGCGACCACCUGGGGACUUGCGAGUACUGGUGCUAUGAGCACAUGAGGGUGGAGCGCUUCGACGACGCAAAAAGCAGCAAGCGCUGUCUAAGCCAGCCUUCGUCCAAGCGCCGCAAGAUGAUCGUCAUGGCCAAAAGCUUCUUCUCGUCGCUCGGCCACAAGGGUCGCAAGGGCGGCGUAUCAGGGACGCUUUCCGACUCGGACUUUGGUGUCGGCGGGAGCCAGUCCUUGAUUUGUGUCAACGACCUGCCAGAUAUCGACCCCCUGGCCGGCGCUGAACUUUCCGGAACUGAGAUACUGGAGAUCGACUCGACCGAAGUCGUCUCGCCAUCACAUCCUUUGGCACAAGACCCGGCACCGUCAAUACGAACCCACGCCCCACCGGAAGAGGCCGGGCAGCCCAACGUCGUCAACCCCCAGGUACUGAGUCUUCCAGAGCUGGAGUCGAGUACGGAGAUGGAAGUGGACGACUCGUUUAUGAACUGGCAGCCCCCAGACAUCACGGCUGUCCCCGACCAUGCAGUAUGUCCGGGGCUUUUAGAUCAUCCCGUCCACUGGCUGGAUGCUGGCGGGGUGAGCCCUCUUGGGAGUCCAAUCCAGCAUCCUCCACUCCAGGUCAACACACAUGACUUGCCCCAGUAUCGCAAGAUGGUGCGGCCGCGGCCGAACCCCGCCCCGCCGACAUCUCGGAGCAAAGACCUUUCCCCGAGCUCCUCGGUUCGGUCGACAACGAGCACGACCAGCACGACGAGCACUGUGAGCAACACAAGCAUGGCGAGCGCCACAAGCAACGUGAGCUCGCUCAUCUCCCCCGCAUCUAUUUGGAGCAACGACUCGGAUAUGUGGUCGGGCUUAGCAAAGCAUUUGACCUCGCCGGCCGAGGAUCUCAUCAGCGCAGCUGGCUUCUUGCCCGAUGACAUGGCUUUCGAGGAUACCACGGGGGCCUUCUUCGAAAACACCUGUCCGCCUGGUCUCCUGGAUACCAUAUUCGAACUCCCUGCCGACAUUCCCGAGACCAAAGUCGCCCCAGCAAACCUGUCGUCGGAUCCCCUUCUGUUUGCCCGUGAUACAGCCUUGUACUCGGGAGAGCAAGGAAGCUCGCAUGCGGCCGAUUUGGUCAUAACUGAUGAGGAUCCUGAGAGGAUGGUGGAGGCCUCGCAUGUUGCCGUUCCAUCUACUUUGAUAGAUGCGUUCAAUCUGGCUCAGGCUCCUCCCAAGGUCCCCUUGCCACGACCCGCUACCACCCAAACCACAGCCCCAAGCAAACCCCCGACGGCAUCACAGCCCAGCACGAGAGCCAUCGUCGGUUCCACAUGGGAUGCAUUGCUUGAGCACGUCGCUUGCUCGCAGAUGAAGAUUCAGAACGUCACCAACAAUCCCCUUGCCGACCAUCUUCGUACGCUGUCGCCCCGAACCAUUGCCCGGCACGGGCUCAACUCUCUUCAAGCACUCCUCGACGGCCGUCUCUCGACCUCCCCUACUGGCAUACUCUGUCUGAUGCAUGUCACCUAUGCCCUCUCGGUCAUAGUGUAUCGCGACAACGAUGUGGCGGUGCGCUGCAGCCAGCUCUAUGUCCAGUCACUUGUAUACUCAACAGCCCUGUCCGAACAGGCAAAACCUUUCUAUAACCAGCUCGCUGCCGUGAUCUGGCAACCAACCGACCUGUCCAAGACAGACCUCAGCCAAGGGUUAUUGAGACAAUACGCAUCCAUCAGGCGCACUCCCAGUCAGAAAGGAAAGGAGAGAUCCGACGACCUUUCCCGCCAUAUCCCGUACCAGGAGGAUCCGCUCAUUUGCACCGCCAGGAACUUUCUCGACGAUCUCGAAUGCUCUGUAAUACUCAACUUGCCCUCGGCAUUCCCAGAGGUUGCCAGCUCGAAUCUCUGUGCCAAACACCUGCAGGAAUCCGCGGCCAAGCAAGAUCCCAGCAUCACGCUUACCGCAGCUGCUCGAAAUGUGCUCUCGAAACUAGCGAAGCGAUUUAGUCAUUCGGCCGACCUUCUCGUCUUCUUGGAGGAUAUUACUCAUCGGGUUGGUUCAGGGUUGAUCGUAACCGUGCGCAGACUCGAGCUAGAGGUGCUGCAAGCCGGAAAGAUAUGCCUACCGUCUGGUGUUUAUUUCGACGAGUUUACCUCGGCUGUUGGACAUCUCUGUGACCGCCUCUACCUGAAAUAUGGAGCAGUGGCCUCGCAGCGGGCAGCAUACCACAAAUGCGGAAUCGCGCUUUUUGAUGCCAUGAUUGCCGACCUGGAUUCGAGCCGGACAGCAGCCGCCCUAUUUCAGCAACCCCCUACGGUCGACGACGCUCUGUUACUGGACCCUGCAUUCUUCAAGUCUAUCGCUCCAUGCAUGACCAACGGUACGGCGGAUGGCCUCGUUUUCCCGUUCGAUCUUGAUGCUGCCACCAUGGACUUCUCUGGAUUGGGUGUAGCGGAGCAGUCGAUGAAGAGCGAGGACGUGGCCUUGGUAUCGGCAUCUGGGGUGGAGGCUAGUGAUUCGACGACCGGACAAGAUUUCCAAGCCACCCAGCCCCCUCGGUCAGGUCCGGCCGCCUGUGCUUCCUCUUCGUCCUCAUCUUCGUCCCCCACAACUUCGCCAUCAUCCUCCUCCUCCGAGUCUGCGCCCACGGCGGCAUCUUCGUCCUCAUCGCUGGCGCGGACCGAGGCGAACGAUUGCUGCGACAUCUGCGGCUAUCGUCCCAAGGGAGACCCACAGUGGUUCAAGGGGAGCAUGGCGAAGCACAAGAAGCUGCAGCAUUCGGCGGCGCCACCCAAGAUUUACAAGUGCCAAUACCCCGGCUGCUCGAGCCAGUACAAGAACCGGCCAGACAAUUUGAGGCAGCACCAGAUCGAAAAGAGGCACUUUGUGGACGGGGAAGAUGAGCGCCGGCGGCCAAGCAAGAGGAAGAAGCUGUCUGAAUGAAGGAGCUGUGUGCGGGUUGCGUGUUUGUAUGGAAUAUUCCUUUUUUUACUAUUGCCAUGGUUUUUUCCCCCUUUGUCUCAUUCUGUUUGCGUCAAGCUGGUGGCCUGCUUGGGAAUAGUAACAAGGCACACAACGGAGUUUUUAGAAGCCCGAGGUGCGGCUUCUGUUUGGGAUAUACCAUUUGGGUUUGAUAUUUGAAACAUGAUUUGGGAACGAGCGAGAGUUGCUUGUUGCGACUUUUGUUCAGUUUGAGUGUAAUACAACAUGUUUGUGCCACCAUUCCGCAGGCAUCUAAUGCUCGGCUCAACUACCCAAGUACAACGACCCAACCCCUGCGAGUUUGGCU